AGGAGGCCAGGUCGACCCUAGCCCUCUGCUGCUUCGUUUGGUGGACGACGGAGAGAGGUUCGGUCCAGUGAAUCUUCGGGCAGUGUCGUUUGCGUGCACAGGUCCCCGAUGCCAUUCGAUCAGCGGCGACUGCCGUUCCCAGGGUAGCACGGCGGUCGGUAGCUGGUGAACGGCCAUUGCUCGCGUCCGCGGGUAAACCUUCGUACAGGCUGAGAGAGGUGGCUACCCUCUAUCCCGUGAUCCCCUUGUUGUUGUGCCCGGAUCAUCCGGCUCGCAGUGGAUUCGUGUUAAACGGCGAUGCGACGUGACCCUUAAGUGCUCACCCCUGUCAUUGACCACAUCAUCGCCGCCCGGAACCUUGGGGUUGGGGACCCAGCGUUCGUGCUCGUCCGCGGCCUACUGACCUGACCUUGGGUCGGCCCGACCAGACUUUCGAGCGUCAAAGGUAGCUUGCAUGGACCUUCGGCUGCCAGUCUUAACGCAAGAACUGCAGAGAUCUAGUAAAGCCGGCGAGGAUAUCUCAAGGAUGUGAACAAUCAAACCAGCGCAAAUGCCCAACAAGGCACGGCCUCGUCGAGAGUGGUCUCCCCAGUCCCCCAUAGAUGUAUUGUGGAUGUCCCGCUCCGCCAUGAGGCCGGCCGAGGGCGACGCUUCGGACUGCAUCCUAGUGGUCGGCAUAUCGAGACCGAAGAUGGCCGCCGCCUUCCUCACGGUCGUCCUCCUCUCCCUCUUUCUGACCUUCCACAUACUGUACGACAGCGCGGUGUACAGCCUGCACGCGGCGUCCGCCGUCGAGGGCCGUGCAGUCGAGCUGGUCUCGCAGGUCCGCGCGACUCCGCCGCUGCUCUUCUCCAGCAAGGUCCACUUCCCGCGCACCAGCCGUCAUCUACCUCAGGCGAUCAUCAUCGGGGUGCGGAAAUGCGGCACCAGGGCCCUGCUCGAGAUGCUGUUCCUUCAUCCGCAGAUCCAGAAGGCGGCCGGCGAGGUCCACUUCUUCGACCGCGACGACAACUACGGGAAAGGCCUCGAGUGGUACCGAAGGAAGAUGCCCUACUCUUUUAGGGGGCAGAUCACCAUCGAGAAGAGCCCCAGUUACUUCGUCACGCCAGAGGUGCCGGAGAGGAUCCGCGCGAUGAACGCCAGCGUGAAGCUGCUGCUAAUCGUCCGUGAGCCAGUAACCAGGGCGAUAUCGGACUACACCCAGCUGCGGAUGAACGCCGCGACCGCGUCGACGAUAACGAACGGCACGCCGCGCAGCGUCUCGCAGCAGCAGCAGCAACAGCAACAGCAGCAGCAGCAGGCGGCCCGAAGUUUCGAGGAGCUGGUGAUAAGGCCGGACGGCAGCAUCAACGAGUCUUACAGGCCGGUCGCUAUUUCCCUGUACCACACGUACAUGCACAGGUGGCUGGAGGUGUUCUCCAGGGAGCAGAUACUGAUAGUGAACGGCGACCAGCUGAUCGAGGACCCGGUGCCCCAGCUGCGCAGGAUCGAGAGCUUCCUGGGGCUGGAGCCGCGGAUCGGCAGGCACAACUUCUACUUCAACCACACGAAGGGCUUCUACUGUCUGCGCAACGAGACCUCGGAGAAAUGCCUGAAGGAGAGCAAGGGCAGGCGGCACCCGAGGGUCAGCCCCGUGGUGGUCACCAAGCUCAGGAGGUUCUUCAACGAGCACAACCAACGAUUCUACGAGCUCGUGGGCGAGGAUCUCGGCUGGCCCGAAGAAUAGCCGUCGUAGAGGAUCACAGGACCGUCUGGCACGGGGGAAGAGCAGCUUGCGCGCAGAUGAUGAUCAGCGUGCACGAGAACAGUCCGUUUCCUAGGGAUGCUGAGCGCGAGGGUUUAUUUUCGAAAGUUUCGUUUACUUCGAGAAAAUCCUUUGGGCAAGACGAAGAGGAUCAUCCGAUGAGUUGACUACUCGGCUGGUCCGAGGGAUGCUGGAUACGUUGAGAUGAUUGGCUUUUAGAUUCUGAUGACUCGGCUUCUCAGCUGGGACAUUGGGAUCCCUUCAGACCUGGGGCUCGUUUCACUCCUUGCCUUGGACUCCUUGUUUUUCAGGAUAUGGUGGCUAUUAUAGUCUCUUGGGUAUUUGGUUUCGACCGGAUAUUUGCGUUCAUUGGAUUUAAUGCUGUGGAAUAUUCUAAGGCAAGGGGUUGAUUUCAGGGAAAUGUUUACUUUCAUUGUUUUGAAAUUUGGUGUUAGGGGAAGGGUGCAGGGAUAGCGUUAAUUGUUUCUGAUUCUACAUUUGCAAUUUGAGGCGCCAGGUCUGAGGGGAUUAAAGGGUGUCGCUCGAAGAAGGUCAACGCGGGAGAUCGAGAAGCAUCUUGCGAAGACGUCGAGGGAAGGUUCGAAUCGAGCAGUUCCAUUGAAAAGGAUUAGUUAGUUUUUUUUCGAGAGGAAUGGCGCGUCCGCAACUGUGUCACCUGGAAGUGCACCGUUGCCAGCGCGCCGGUCGUUUUAAAGGAUGAGGAAGAUUCUUGGGGAACGGAGUGUUCUGCCGAUGACCGACACGCCUCGUCGUGGAGAGAAUCAAGGCUGAUCAGGAUGAGUACCUUUUAUAUUUUACUGGUUAGCUAUAAGAUCGAAAUUGGGUGGCAGAUCGAUGGCGGUGGUCGGGCUUAACGGUGGAUCGUCAAUGUGCUCGGAAACGUUCGACGGUGCUCGGACAAUUGAUCGGUCACUUGAAAGGAUGAUUCUAUAUUUUUUCCGGCAACGGUGUCUCGAUUCUGAAACAUGUUUUCAUUGAAUUUUCCUUGAUAAAAAUUCUUCGCUGUGCAACGUGCAGCAGAGAAAAGAGAAACAUAUAGGAAUAUGUUUUAUGAGAACAAACGCAAAGUUCUGGUAAUGGCAAAUGAGCGAAGAUAGAAAUGACAGUGCAUCGUUUUCAACGAAUGCAGUUUGAUGUUUUAAUACUAGGUUUAGAAACUGGAGUUUUUUAAUAUCUUCGGAGGCACGAUGGAUAUUAUCUGGUAAUAAGAAAUUCGGCGAAUACUCAGGGUAAUUGGAGUUCUUAUUAUGCGAAUAUUCGGAGGAAGAAAUUGAACGGGAAUCUGAUAUGUCGUGCGCCGUACCGAUCGUGUAUCAAAACUCAUUAAUAUAUUACGUUUAAUUAUAACGUUAUUAAAUUUACCAGCAUUUCCGGCUCUGUAACUGGUUUAUGCAGGAGACUGAUAUUCAAUUUCAUAGGCGAAGGAGGAGUGCUUCGUGUUUCAGAUCGAAAUGGUAAUUGAAUAUAAGCAUCUAUCUGACGAACUGCCGAGAGUUAGUUCCAAUCUUGAUUAAUCAAACGUGGCUGCAUUACACCAGCCUUGAAACGGUUUCUUUCACGAAGUGUCCGACUUUGACUCAAGAGUGCCAUUACAAGCAAAUAUAUUAUAGACGACAGUUGAGAAUCCGAAGUAACGAAAAAUAUUAACAUCACGAAACAAAAUAAUAUUUCGAAAUUUUAGAAACGAUUUAUAAAUAUUUACACACUAAAGAUAUAGAACUAAACACUCGAUCUUUAAUAAACGAAAGCCUUUUCCUAACCGAAUGAUCAAAACACUGAACAUUGAAGCCAUAUUGAACGAAGUACGAAGUGUUAAUUACUUUCUCAUGCCACAAUCAAUAUUCUCAAAGACGAAGUCUCGAGUGAAAAAACUUCUCGAUUCAAUUUUACAAAGAAUAAAUUUUAUUCGAUGGGAAUUUCCAGUCCGUAAAUAAAUACGGUCGCGAUGAUCAUCGAAGAAAGGGACUGAUCGAAUUCUGACGGUGAAAUGAGCGAGCCUCGAUUCCUUAAAAGCGCAACAAUCCCGUGGAUUCUCCGGGAAGGGCGCUCGAGCACGCGAACUCGAGUGGUCGGUGUAGUGCUCGUGGCAACGAGUCAAGCCAUUAAAUCGAGUGCAUGCAAUUUAAUGGAUAUAUGCUCCGGCCAGGACUCUCUCUUCAUUAUUAUCGGGGAUCCUGAGUUCCUCUCGUUCGUCCUCGCGUGCUAAUUGCUCGGAAUUGCUUUUUCAAUGCACCCCGUGGUUGGAUGCUGGCGGCACGCGCGCGACACGAUCGAUCAUCCCCCCACGGAAAAAGAUUUCAUCCUUGAAACGGAACGAGACGAGUUAUAAUGAUUGCCCAGGAAUUAGCAGUACGGCGCUAUCGGGACGAGCAGCUCUCGCUCAAACAUCGAACGACGCGGUUAAAUUGCCUCGGCAAACGAACGUCGAUCGAACGAUGUGCUCUAGCCGAUUUCCGUGAAUCGCAACGAUUACUACGGUCUUCGUUUUCGGUGACUGGUUUAUUUGGGAGUAUGGUUUCUUGAAGUUCUCGCGUGGGUUUCGAGUGUUCUUCGGUUGUCUUCUAUUAUUAUUUUUGGAAAUUAUUUCAUCUUUGAUUGGUGUAUUUGGAAAUUAUUUUAUGUGGGAUUUUUGUGUUUGCGAAUUUGUCUAAUUGAAAUGAUUAUAUGUGCGAAUUGUUUUACCUUGAAUUAUUGUAUUUGUAGAUUUUUCGGUGUCUAAUUGUUGUAUCUCAAAUUCUUGUUUUUGCAAAUUCUUCGGUUUCUAAUUGUUAUAUCUCAAAUUUUUGUAUUUGCAAAUUCUUCGGUUUCUAAUUGUUGUAUCUCAAAUUCUUGUAUUUACAAAUUCUUCUGUUUCUACUUAUUGUAUCUCAAAUUCUUCUGUUUCUAACUGUUGUAUCUCAAAUUCUGGUAUUUGCAAAUUCUUCUGUUUCUAAUUGUUAUAUCUCAAAUUCUUGUAUUUGAAAAUUCUUGUAUUUGCAAAUUCUUCUGUUUCAAGCUAUUAUAUUCGCCAUCCGGAGUUAUUGUUAUUUCAAGUUAUUAUUACAUUUCCAAAUUAUUGGGUGAAAAGACAUUUCAAUGGAGGUUCACAAUAAGCGAUUAGUUUCUCUGGGAAGUAUUUUUUAAGUGGUUUCUGAUAUACGCACUAUGCGAGACGGAUAUAUUUUCCGCGACACUUCGUUUUCGAGAAUAUUGAAUUGGAACACUUGAGGAAAGCACGUGUGCAGUUGAUUGUAAUUUAAUGGCAGUUAACAAGUGUUUUGUAUAAAUUACUGCCAAGCGUUUACUCCUAUACGGGAAUACUGCAACGUCGAGGAAACUUAAAGUAAUGAGGCUGGAACUGACGUUUGUGCCCGUGGCAGAGAUGCUGGAUAUUCAUUAUCUGCUGGACAAGUGAACCGCACGAGAUCCUCUCGCGAUAGCUAUUACAAAUUUGGAUUUGCUACACUCGUGACAAAAAUUUAGCCCAAUUAUUCAACGUUCUUUCAGUGUCAUAAUUUUAAGAAAAUAAUAAUACGAAACAUAUCUGCAAAAUAUAUAUUAUAAAUUGUAUUUAUUAUUUAUUUCUCGUACGUUUCGACUAUUCUUUUCGUGACUCCAAGAAAUUGCUAGAAAGAACAAUUUACAAUGAACAGACAAUUUCAUAUAGUCGUGCCUCUGAAAACAAUGAAUAUUCAACGAGUCGAAUGCACUUUUAUACAAUUCAACAAGCAACAAAACUUCCCUAAAAAACGCUCGUAUUGCUCAUUAGUUUCUCGCCAGUCGAAACCGAUUAAUCCGCUAAGAAUGGUUCGUUAGCUCGAUGAUCAGCUUAAACUUACCUCGCUCGCGGAAAUGAUGAAACUACGCUCUCCCCAUAUCUCAAAGGGCUAACAAUAUCCUUCGAGGAGCAGAAAAUUAGCGGACCGUGACAGAAUCGAUCGUCCGUCAGACGAGAAUCGUAUUAGGAGCCUCGUCUGCCGUAUUCCGUCGAGUAACAGCAGUCAAUUACGCGGCAGCAAGAAUGAACCGAACAGAAAUAACACUGAACAGAUAACAAAAAUGGCAGACCUUGAGUUUUACUCUAAAAUUCAGUAAUAGUGUCUAUUAAUAAAUCAUUAAUAGAAUUCCCGAAUGCUCAUCAGUUUCAAGAAAGUCGAAAAUAACAUUUUCAACGUAUCUUUUUAUAUAAAAGGUAUUAAAGGCAAAGUGCCAUUUCUAUAAGUAUUCAAAUAUGAACGAAGUAUACUCAUAUUUCUCUUUUCAAUAUACAAAUACCAUUUAAAGUGAACGAUAACGAAAAAUGUGAAUAAUCGAAGGAAACUUAUUUUGAAUACAAAUAACCAAGUAACCGAAUAACCGAUAAAAGGGUUGAUCAUCUUGCUAGCAAGAUACAGCAUCGAAAACCUCCCUGGCUCGAAUGAUCGACGCCGAAGCGCCGUACAUAUUUCACGUAUCGAAGGGGAAUUCGACUUGAAACGCGCUGUAGUGAAGAGGGUUCGGCAGCCAGCUAGAUCUCACUGAAUUAUCUGCCGGUGGUGGUGGCGGUGGUGGUGGUGCACGCGUUCUAUCCGGACGUUCCUCGAUGGAACAGGGGCGGAAUUCGGACGGACGAUCUUCUAUAUCAGUCGCGGCCACGUGCAUCCUAUUGGAGAACGUGUUAUCGGAGCUAAAACGUGGGAGAGAAGAUUCGGAGCUGCGCUCGUUACUCAGUUGCGGAAAGUGAAAGAGAGAGAGGAGGAUGGAAGAGAACAAGGGUGAAGGGAUAAUAAGGGAAAAUACAGCGUGACAAAUAGAGAAAGGAAAAGAUACAAAGAGAAGUACAAGGGAAAAAGCGGAAUACCAGGGAGAAGGGGGAGGAAAGAGAUUUAGAUGAAGGUAGAUGAAGACAGAGUGCGAGUGGGAGGUAAAGGUGAAAAGAAAAAGAUAAAUAAAACGGAUUCGGAACUUCGGUCGUUACUGAGCUACGGAAAGCG